AUGGGUAGGUGGAGGCAGAUGGGCUACUUGUUACAGGUGUUGCCUCUUGACAUGGUGAUGGUGGCCCAGGGGCCUGACUGUGGGAUUUGGUCAGGAGCUCAGCUGGCCCCCGAGCAGCUCCAGAGCCGCAAGCGCCGGACAGCAGAGGUGACCGCGCUGGGAGACUCCAAAAACGCAGUAAUCCCGGGGGAAGGGGUCCUCCCUCUGCGGGGACAGGGCCGGGGCUCUGGUGGCUCCCGGGAGAUAAGGAAAAGAGAAGAUGGGAAAAUCGCUAAGAAACAUCAAUACGAGAUUAAGAGUUGUUGGCCGCCCACGAUAACAGGAGGCAUCUCACCUUGCAUAAUUAUUGAAACACCUCAUAAGGAAUCAGGAACCACUGACUUCUCCAGAUUCAAAAAAUACAGAUUCAGAAACCUCUUCAUAAAUCCAUCACCUUUGCCUGAGCUCAACUGGGGAAAUUCCAAAGAUGUCUGGCUCAACAUCCUCAAGAAGGAGAGCAGAUACGCUCACUGCAAGCACUUCACGUCGCUACACGCCAGCCUGCAGCCCCACAUGAGGUCCAUCCUGCUCGACUGGCUCCUGGAGGUGUGCGAGGUGUAUGCACUGCACAGGGAGACCUUCUACCUCGCUCAAGACUUCUUUGAUAGGUUCAUGCUGACGCAGAAGAACAUCAACAAGAGCAUGCUGCAGCUCAUAGGAAUCACCUCGCUGUUCAUUGCCUCCAAGCUUGAGGAAAUCUACGCUCCUAAAAUUCAAGAAUUUGCUUAUGUCACUGAUGGUGCUUGCAGUGAAGAUGAUAUAAUAAGAAUGGAACUUAUUAUGUUAAAGGCUUUAAAGUGGGAACUCUGUCCGGUGACAAUCAUCUCUUGGCUGAACCUUUAUCUUCAAGUGGAUGCUCUGAAGGAUGUUCCCAAAGUGCUGCUACCUCAGUAUUCUCAGGAAAAAUUCAUCCAGAUCGCACAGCUCUUGGACCUGUGCAUUCUGGAUGUGAAUUCUUUGGACUUCCAGUACAGGACGCUGGCUGCUGCUGCGCUCUGCCACUAUACCUCAAUCGACGUCGUUCAGAAAGCCUCAGGCUUAGACUGGGACAGCAUUUCCGAGUGUGUGGAAUGGAUGGUGCCUUUUGCAAACGUGACGAGAAAAAUCCCUGUGAAACUGAAGAAUUUUAAAAAGGUUGCAGUAGAGGAUCGACACAAUAUUCAAACACAUACAAGUUACUUGGACAUGCUGGAAGAAGUUAACAGUGGAGCAGCAGCUACAGCCCCAGGUCAGUUAUCUCCAAUGUCUACAGGAGGAAUCAUAACACCUCCCAAAAGUACUGAGAAGAAAUGAAAUCUGAGCAAGCA